GAUUUGUCAUAAUUACUUUCAUCAUCAGUCAACCUCAAUAAAAAUUAAAAGUAAUCUUCCCCAUAUUUAUGUUUUAAAUCGAAAAUGAAUCCAGGUGAAAAGAUCGAUUCGGAUUUGGAAGAUUUAAAGAUUUCUAAAACGAAAAAAGCGUCCAAUUCGGGGGAUCAAAUGAUAUUGGACGAGAAGCAAAUGAGGAUGGUUAAAAUGAAAGAAACAUCUUCGAGUCGAGACAUUCUUAUUGGGAUGCUUCAAGGUCAGUUGAAAAAAAUGGAGGAUUUGUAUAAAAAGAGUUUGGAUGAGCAGCAAGAAAUUCGGCAUAAAUAUGGAAGAGUUGUGCAAGAAUUGGGGACAUUAAAGAUUAUUACCAACAAAUUGGAGGCUGAUAAUAAAAAAUUGAAUCGAAAUUCAGAUCAAAAAGACGAGUUUAAUGAACCAGAAAUUUGCAAAGAAAAAUAUGAGGUGAUGAUGAAGAAAGUUUUAGAUUUAGAAAACUCACACCUUGAAAGACACGAAAAUCAAUUGUUGAAUUUAAUGGUGCAUUUUCGGAGAAUUGAGGGAUUGUUGAAAGAGCAAAAUAAAAAAAUUGAUGGGUUUAUGAUUGUGUUGGACACAUCAAAAAGAAAAUUUAAAAAUGAUAACGAUGGAAGUGUUCCUUUAAUUGAAUUCAAAAAUCCGGAAUUUUCUGAAACCGUGUUUUACUCCACAACUUCAAUUAAAGGCGAAUCAAUUCCAAAAUCAACGUUUGAAUCCCCGAAAUUGAUGCAAUCUUCACUUCUUGGUGUUAACAUUGAGCCGAUUAGAAAUAAAUCUGUGCCAAUUAAACGAAAAUCAAGCAAUAAGUUAAGUUUUGAUGCCCCGAAGAAGCUCCGCUCUAAUUGCGAAGUAGAUGAAUUAAUCUUUUUGAAUGACAACGUCGAAUUAAAGGAUGAACUUAAAAAGACAUCUUUAAUAAUUAAGGAUGGGGGACGAAAUGAAGGUUUAAGAGAAAAAUCUUCUCCGGAUGGAUUUUUUAGUUGGUACGAAGAUUUUGAUUGUUCCCAAAUAGAAGAAAGAUCUUUAACUGGGAUAAAUAACAACGAUGGGAAAGGAGAAAUCUGCUCGGAGUCUACGAUACCUCUAAAUAAGAUGGUUUCGUUAUCUACAAAGGAUUGUGUAGAUGAAGAAUCUGAUGUUUUAAGAGGUUCAACUCAAAAAAGAAAAAUUGAAUCUUUUAUGGAACAAAAAGUCACUCAAACAGACAUUAAAAUGAUUCAAUUAAAUGAUUUGGUUUCUUCAGUUAAGAAAAGAGUUGGGUUUUUGCAAACUGAAACAUUUUUAAAUGAAGAAAUUAAAACGUUCAGUGCUUAUGUACCUGAAAAAAAGAUUUCUGGGAAAGAUAUUGUUUCAAACAUAAUAAAUCCCAUUACAGUUCAUGAUUUAUUAACUCAAUUAUUAAAAUAUAAUGAAAAUUACGCAACCAACACAACAUUAAACUUACAACGUCUUUUAGAAGAAUUUGGCGAUUUUAACGUUUCAGAAAUUGAAUCGAACAAAAAAGAUCAACAACAUCAAAUUAAUUUAGAAAAUAAUGAUUUAAAUAGAAUUAUCGAUGUACAAAAGGUUGAAAUUGAUUGUUUAAAAAAAGAUAUUGAAGAAAAAAGUCGCACUUUUCACGAAUCUGUCAUAAACGACCGUGAAAAUUUAGCAAAGAAUGCAAUGUUGCUUCAACAAUAUGAGAAUGAAAUCGAUGCAAUCAAUAAAAAGUAUACAAAAGCUAUGGAAGACUUAGAUGUUGUAAUGGAUGGCAAUAAAAGUUUGCAAAAUAAAGUUAAAAACCUUCAAAACUGUUUGAUUCAUCACCAGGAACAAUCAACGAUUUUAGGGAUUGAAUCGAGAAAGUCGUCGGAGAAAAUCCAAGAAAUAACUUCUUUAUUAGAAAAUGCUGAUAUGAAAUUAAUCGAAAAAGAGGAAGAAAUUGAAAAAUUAAAAGCUUUAAAUCAUGAAAUUGUCGAUUUAAAACAAAAAAAUGAUGAAUUAUCAAAAAAUUUGGACGAAAAAGACGGAUUCAUUUCAAACCAAACGAAAGAAAUGAAAGAUCUUGAAGAAAAACUUUUAGAAAUAAUGAGUCACUUAGACGAAGAGCUACAAGAAAAUAACUUAGAUAAAACAACCAAAAAUAACAACCAGAAUCUACAAAAAAUAAUCAACUCUAACAAACAAAUUCAACAACAAUUCAACAAUAUUAAUUCGAUUCUUUCAUCAUUUCAAGUUGAGAAGAAAAAGUUAAUAACCAACAAUUUCUUUCUUCAACAACAACUAAAAACAGAAAGAUCUUCCUUUAAAAAUGAACAAGAAACAAUUUUAAACAACCUAAAACACCUCCACGUUGAAAAGCAAUCGCUUGAAGAUCAAUUAAUCGAAUUGAAAGAGAAAUUAAUUAAAAUUACAAACGAAGAAAACCAAGAAGUAUUACGAUGGAAAAGUGAUUACGAGGAUUUACAGGAUAAAUUAAAAAUGUGUAUGGCCGAAUUGAAAUGUUUAAAAGAGAAUCGAAAAAAUAACGCGAAUUUAAAAGUGGAAAAUGGGAAGUUAAAAAAUAAAUUGACCGUGUUGAAUCGACGAUUAAUCGAAUUAAUUGAUGCGAGAAAAAGUUGUGUUGAGUUAAAGUAUUCUAACGAGAGAUUAAAAAGGAAAGUGGAUGUUUUGGAGAAGGAAUUGAAAAAGGAAAAAGCUACGAUUUCGAAUACUGGGGGGUUAAAACCUUUAGUGCCUAUUAACGAGGAACGUUUAGAUUUCGAGGUGAAACAAGAAGUGAAAAAAGAAGUGAGAAAAUUGUUUGAUAAUUUCAAAUUUAAAGAGAAUUCGGAUGUUUCUUCGAAAGGAUCGAGGGAAAGGGAUGAGUUUUUGGUUAAAAAUAACAGAGUUAUAGAAAGUAAAGGAAAAAUUCAAGAUUUAAAAAAAUCUGUCCAAAAAUCUUCUUCAAAACCUUGUAAAAUUCCAAUAAAUAAGAAUCCAAAAUUGAAUAAAAUGGGAAAAAUUCCGGUUAGAGUUUGUUCAAAAUGUCCACAUGGUAUUUGGUAACGUUUUAAUAACAUUAAUAAUAUUAACCAAUA